GGCUAUAUCGGCAGAAAAUGCAGUGUUUAUAAGAAGUUCUCUACUGUGAUAAAGACUGUGGGAGGACACAGUGCACCCUGAGGUGAAAGCCGACUGAGAGACUUUGAUUGUGGUCGAAGCCAUGCUUUGUGAAGGCAGAUUGUUGAGCAUGGCCUAUGGUGAAUUGGAGUUGUUGGAACCCCUCCCACCUCAGAAGGCUCUCCAGAGUGCUUAUGGGCUGCCGAGAACACCUGCUACCCUCAUGGCAGGCUCCACCAGACACGCUCUACUCAUUCAUCAUAAUUCCCCCGUGCAGACAGACUGUGCAGACAACAGGAGUGCUUCAUUGGAGUUGCACAUUUCUCCACUGCAGUCCUUGGAUUUCCACAGAGUCCAGCCAGGCAGACAGAUCUCUUCAGAGAUAGAGAUCCCAGUUCAGGCUCACUCAGGGGGUGAUUCCCCAUUCUUGGUUCCUUCCUUCUGUCAGAGCAUCUGCCAAAAUUACAGCGACCUCCAUAUUGGAGGCGACCAGGUGCUGCCUCUUACAGCCAAUGAUGGUGAGCUCCGGCUCUGUACUGAUGCCCAGGCUGUUGGACCCUUCCUCCAGUCCUGUGAUGUCCCUCCAGCUGUGGAGGAUUCUCCCCCAGGAAAGACAUCUCAGGGUGGACUUCCCCAUCCACCGAGGGGAGGUUCAAAUCGCUGGAGAAUGGGGAGUGGCCGUGAUCGGAGCUUUUUGUUCCAGGGGCGUGAAGGUCCAUUCUCCAACUCUCUUCUAAAUCACUAUCUUGAGCAGAAGCUCUUGGAUUUGUACCAGCAAUACAUGAUGGAGAACAUGGCCAGGGAGCGGGGCCCUGGUUCGGAUUCUGACCCGGGCCCAAUUUGCCCUCUGCUGGGCUCAGAGCUAGUCCUGACAAGCCUAGACCAGAUCACUUUGCAGCUGAGCCGGGAAGGGAACUUGGAGACUGGCAUGGCUAAGGACAUGGUCCUCAGUUGCCUGCUGCGAGUGGCUGGUGACAUGCAGUCAAGUGAGAUCAGCACUCCCUUCCUGCAGUUUUCGAAUGAGUCAUCCAGGGAGCAGCUCACAGAGAAUGAACAGUAACCCCAAUGUCAACGGCCUCACCAACCACUUCUCCCUUUUGUUUUAGUUCAAUCACCGGCAAUUAAGAUGAAACUGAUGAUGGCAUUUCAUUAAUUUUCUUAAUUUAUAAGCUGUUGUGAUUAGCAAUUACCAGGAGAGUGUGCUAUACUUAUGGUAUGGUAAUAAAAACAGUUAGAGUAUGUGCAUGUGAUAUGCUGUUGUCACUUUCUAAAAGGACA